AGGAUCACUGGCACGGUCACACAAACCCUAACUUUUGCAAAUUUUACGCGGUUUAAGUUGCGUCUUUGAUUUUUAAUGGUUUUUGUUAAUUAUUGUGAUGUCUGUGACAAAUGACAAAACCUCAACAGGGAAGCGAGAUAGCAGCUAUCCCGUUUCCUUUAAGGAAUUUCAAAGGUUGAUUGUAAACCUGCCAGAAAUAGCACUCCAGUUGAAGGCUGCCGAUAAUGGCAGUAAAACGCUAGACCACUGGACUCGAUGGUACUACGAAGAAUUCUACCGGAAUCCCAGUAUUCGGGAGCAGUACCCGUUUAAGGUCGUACCAUGUCCCGGGCGGACCCGCACGAAAUUGCUCAAGGUGCCCGAGCCUGCAAAUACGUCUGAAAACAUCAUCGACGCAUCACAUUCCCGCCAAGAAGCAUCACCGCUUCCGGAACCAGAAUCCGAGGCGAUGGUUGCAGAAUGCCAGUUGCAACCCACACCCAACGAUAUAGUCAAAUCAGAGAGCGAUUCAUCACCAGACAGCCACGGUGUUACGGUUAGAGUGGACAAAGCUGGCACCUUCGUCUUUCCGGUAUCCUAAAUAUUCGAAAAGAACCUCAACAAGAUGGAGGUAUUUAAAAGGAUCGCCAGGAGCCAGGAUUAUCUAAAGCUUGCGGCCGAUGACGAGUAUCGAAUGCAGCUUCUUAGAAAGUUCUAUAACCGCUUCUAUAUGCAUCCGGAAAAGCGAUUUAAGAACUUAUUCAAGGAAGUGCCAGAUAUCCUUUUGGCUAGGUUGCUCAAAUCUGGAAGACCGCAUGACGCAAUGGCCGUCAAGAGUAUGGCAGAGUAUGCUGCCAAAAAGGCGCUUGAAAACAAAUCCAUCGUCACAUUUGUGUUGUUCAAGGAGAAUUUGUCGAACUUAUCGGACAUUGUGGAGCAGAUGAAGCAACAGGACAAUUAUUAUGAGAGCAAGGACUUCCACGAGUGUGCCUUUGACUUCUAUCUGGCAUUUUACAUAACUCCAGAGAUCCGGGAGAAGUAUGAGUAUGACCUGUUGCCAGGAACGUCGACCAUGCAGGCUCGCAUGCUAGCCAUUCUCAGCAAGAGUGCCGAGGAACUGAGACAAAGCCUGCCGCAACUAGCCAAUCCUUCGCCAGCUCUUCAACUGCCCCUACACAAGAGUCCCGAGAAGUGUACUGAAAAAGCUAAAGCUGUAGAAGAAAAUGUAACAAGAUCUCAAGAGGCCAAAGAGUCCACAGAAGUCUCUGAAAUAAUAAGCAUGGAUGUUGCCGUCGAACUGCCGCAGUUAGCUAUUCCUUCUGUAGGACUCGAACUGCCCAGGUCCAAGACUCCAGAGAGGUCCCCUGCAAAAGCUAAUAGUGUGAAUCAAGUUGUAGACACUAUUAGCAAGGAGGAGGUCGUCGAACUGCCGCAAUUAGCUAUUCCUCCGGCAGGACUCGAACAGCCCAGGACCAAGAGUCCCGAGAGGUUCCCAGCAAAAGCCAAAAAUGGGAAUCAAAUUGUUGAGAUCAUUAGCAUGGUAAAACUGCCGCAGUUAGCUAUACCUUCGGCUGGACUCGAACAACACAGGUCGAAGACACCUGAGAGGUCCCCUGCAAAAGCUAAUAGUGUGAAUCAAAUUGUUGAGAGCCUUCCCUUUAAGACUGAUGUUGAAGUGAGCAUUGGAAAGUGGGGUCGCUUUAGCUUUCCUGUUUCUUAUGAUACAUUUCGAAACUAUAUUAAUUACGACGAGAUUAUUCCUAUUAUUCUAAAGAAACAUUACGCUCGAAAUGAGGGUGUACUAAAAGAAUUAAUUGCUGAUACGUCGAAUCCACAGUGCAGAAAACUUUUUCGCCAGUCGUACAAUAGAUUCUAUGUACACAACGAGAAAUUUCGCAAAAAAAUUCCAUAUAAAUUUAACUGCACGGAUUCCAACAUGCUGAACAAAUUGCUAGAAAGCGCAAAACCAUUAGAUGAGGCAGCCACAAAAACUAUGUGUCUCUUUGCCUCAGAAGAUAAGAAGGAUAUUCCGAAGGCAAUCGAAAUCCAAGUGACUCGUCCUCCGAGAAACCAGUGAGCAGCGUUCACCGAGUGCUGUGAAGGUUUGUCAAAUGAAUCAGAUUUCCAGGAUGUUUGUACCACAAAGAAACCCUGCGAGGAAAGACGCGCCAGUUCCAACAAUGUGAUAGAGAAAACCAAAGAUGUUACCGAGAAAAGCGGCCAAAUACCUCCUCCAGUAUCUUUCAAAACGUUCAAACACCAUGUAAGCAAUCUGAAUGAAAUUGCUACUGAAAUGCUGUUGUGUCCCGAGUACAAAGAUAAAUCCAAGGAGGAUGUUAUUCAGGAAUAUUAUCAAGGCUUCUAUUCUGAACAGGAAAUGAGGGACAAAUUCGUUUGCCGUUUCAAGCCAUGUCCCAGCAAAAUGCUAGAAAAGUUGCUAAUACUUCCGACAAGAACUAGAGAGGUAUUUCCAAAGGAACCUGAUGCCAGGAUGUUUCUACCGCAGAGAAACCCAGCGAGGAAAGUGAAGAUAAGCCAAACAGCCAUGCGGUUUUUGCGGUACCCAGAAAUGUUAUACCAAAAAGAAAAGAAAGUACAGGCGAAUGGAAUGGAGAUCCAGGUCGAAACGUCCAAUAAUCAAGGAACAAGUCCAAGCAGUCCAAAAAGCGUAUCAGAAAAUAUUUCCAGAGAUGAAGGGGUAUCGACGAGAACAGAUGAAAAUCCUGCAGUUGCACCGAAUUCACCCCGAAGUACAGAUAAUGAAAUACUUUUCCGCCAAGCUAAAGAUAUAUUUUUCGCCGAAAAUGACAGGGAUCACAAUAUGAGGUACAUGAUCUGCACAAGCCAAGGCCUCAUGAGAACCAUUUGGCGUAUACUCUACCAACACCUUCAGGAAUUCUCUCAAUACAGUAUCCACGACGCGGAGGCCUUGUACAAAGCCGACGAAGACUUACAGUGUUGCUUUCACCAUGUCGUGGGUCUUGGCAACUGGCCAAUUAAUCUAUAUGUCCGUUUGGGAUUUUUAAAACACCUUCUCCAUAGUAAAGGAGUGCAGCUGGAUAAGCUGGAACUGUCACGUAUAUCGCCAAAAAUACUGAGCCCUUGGGAGUUAGGUUCCUACUCGGAUUUCGACAAGAUCGUCGAAGAGGAGUACACCUAUCACACCGGCGAUAUAAUUGAUGAUGUAGUCCAGUUGUGCCAAGAGGAGAAACUAUAUGCGGCUUGUUGGACACGUAACAUGUGGAUUUCACGGGUACCUCAGAUCGACGAAGAGGUACUGAAUGCCGAAAUUGGAGAAGUUGAGCCGUCUCUCGAUGGGAUUUCAUUAAGGCCAAUUUGUGGUGUGAAAUGCGCAGAUGAAAAUAGUCCCCGAAUUGUUUCAAUUUCCUCAAGUUCUGAUACAGUGUGUGGUAAGUAAUCGACGAGAAACCUUCCAGAUGAAACCACUUGUCCGCCCACUCAGCUCAACAGUUCAAACUUUGUGGACAUAGAGUGUGUGGACCCAGCUUCCCAAGUGCCACAACUGGCAGACGAUCCACUAACACCAGAGGAAACAAUUCCAGAAACUCCUCCUACUGAUCAUUUGCCAACGUCGACGGUGUUGGUGACGGUCAAGAAGGAGCCUAUAAGUUUGCCCAACAACCAACGUGCCACCAUUUCCAGCUCCGAAGAUUGCAAAUGGGAAGAAAUCACGCAGGAGCAAAUAAUAGACUUGGAUGCCAGCCAAAAUGAAGGAUCGAGUUUGUCCUGUUUGCCAUCCCAAAACCAAAAGAUGGCAGCAGGCGAGAAGCUAAAUUUGAUCCUGUGUGAGAAUGGCAACGAAACUGACGAGAACUUUAAUAUGUUGGAAGCCCCAACCUCAUUGCCGGCCAAUGUGGCUCCAACGCUCGAUCAAUCCAAGCCCGCGCAGAUUCAGAUUCCUGUGGUUCUGGGAAAGAGACGAUCACCAUCCGUAGAAUUGCCUAGUAAACGAAUUAAGUUGGUUAAUGAAAAGGUGCCACAGCUGCGACAUGAGUUCCAGCCGCUGCCGAUUGGUAUAAUGGUGCGUGUUGAGUCUGAAGGGAAUUAUCGAACAGAUUGUCAAGCAACGGCGACGCAUCAGCCAGCAGAGAAGAACAUGUUGGAGAAACCUCCUAGUCUUCAAAAUGCACCAUCGCCGCAACCGGCAGAGGCCACCAUCACUCCCUCGCAGGAGUUCGCCGCUGGAAACACACUUCUGGAAUGCACCCAGUUGCAGCACCUGCUAGAUUCCACGAACGUCAACACUCGCCAGGUAAAUGAAGAACCUACUGAUACUGUUUUGGCCGAGCCUCGUGCUCCAGAGCCCCUUGGCGCUUCUCCUCUUCAGCGCACCGUUGUAUUCCGCGACCUGGAUCGCUUCUGUUUUCUUAACCGACUAACUGUUCAGCAAAUCAUGAAGUAUCGCAUUGAAGGACUCCUACCGGGUGUGACUUAUCAGGACGCAUUGGUCAAGAUUGACGAAAGGUUGUGCAACGUGCGUGGUCCUCUGCUGAGCUGCCUAUUCCCCCAUCUCUCACCCGAGCUGCGAUCUGAUUUGGAGUAUGUGCUCCGAGACUUGGGAGAAUUUUGGUACAAGUGGAACUGGCCAAGGCAUAAAGAUAGCACCGUUGAUAUCCGGACACGACUUCUCACCGUGUUCAUUAAUCUGAGCCCAAAUUUUGGUCCAUUUCGCAUCCAGUUCGAUAAUGACCAGGAAUGGGGUACCUGCAGCGAAGUUGCCAAUGAGGAGCCGGAUAUCGCGGAGCAAGAGCCCAGCUGCAACGUAGCCGAGUUCAUAAACCCGCGCAUCUUGAGUCGGAUCAGGGAAUUGAAGCAGCUGAUGGAAUGAAGCUAUUCCAAAAAAUGUUU